CAGCAGCAACAAUAAUGGCAGGAAGGAAUACGACAAAAAAAAAGGAAGGUGGAGAGAGAAUAAGGACGGAGGACGAGAAAAAUUGGCGCAUCCUCCAUCCCGCGAGGAAAAGCAUGGAAAGUGUCCAUCAGGGGUAUCUAGCGGAGGGUGUGGGGGGUGGGGAGGACGGUGGAGGCUGUCCUGUUGGAAAUCUAUUUAAGAGCGACCAACCGCAGAAAAACGGUUCAGUUUCACGUUUUAUCCCGUCCGUGAGUGAUCGUGAGCUUGUUGCGCCCAACCGGUGUAUCUGGUCCGGUGACUAACGCAUGUGUUGGGAUACUCUCAGCCCCUUUUGGUGCAUCCGUCCGCGGGCAUAACAGCAGACAUAGGUCGAUCCAAACUACCCGCUAAUGAUCGGUGAUCGAUGGGUGUGCGGCCGGUGGUGGUAUUCGCGUGCGGGCAAUGCUUUGAUGCCGUGUGCAAAAAUCGUUGAAAUGUGCAGAUAAUGAACCCGGCGUUCACUGCUGGCUGGUUGUCCGUUAAAAAAAAACCCCGGUCCCCGUUGUGUGUGUGAACCGUUGUGUGUGUCCGUUGAACGAAAAACCUCCUCCCCCGUACGGGAAGUGUGGCGCGCUCGCCGACAAAUUUUGCUGCCAACGACAGAGUUUCACGAACGAGCGGAAACCAAAAACCAAUAAAAAGGAUAUCUUGAAGGAUAAGCUGUUGGCGGCACGGUGCGAACACGUGUCAAGCGUUUUGGUGGAAAACUGAAAAUACAGCCACGGACAUGGUGCUGGUGCAGUGUGCGAUAAGCGGACUGUUGGUGAUAGUGGCACAAUGCGUGCGAGUAAUCAACGGCGAGUAUCAAACAAGCCUCACCUUCAACGAAAUUCUGCCCGAAGAUCCGAAGCUGUACGACAAGAUGCGGCCACCGAAGAAGGAUGGUCAACCGACCAGCGUUGCGUUCCACGUGACCGUCAUGGGGCUGGACUCGAUCGACGAGAACUCGAUGACCUAUGCGGCGGACAUCUUUUUCGCGCAAACGUGGAAGGACCAUCGGUUACGGUUGCCGGAAAACAUGACGUCCGAGUACCGGUUGCUGGAGGUGGACUGGCUGAAGAACAUGUGGCGGCCGGAUUCGUUCUUCAAGAAUGCCAAGUCGGUCACGUUCCAGACGAUGACGAUCCCGAACCACUACAUGUGGCUGUACAAGGACAAGACGAUCCUGUACAUGGUGAAGCUGACGCUGAAGCUGUCGUGCGCGAUGAACUUUCUGAUUUACCCGCACGACACGCAGGAAUGUAAGCUGCAGAUGGAGAGUCUGUCCCACACGACCGACGACAUGGUGUUCCAGUGGGACGAGGAGGUACCGUUGGUUGUGGACGAGCAUAUCGAGCUGCCGCAGUUGGCGCUGGUGAAGAACUAUACGGCCGACUGUACCCAGGUCUACUCGACCGGCAACUUCACCUGUCUGGAGGUGGUGUUUGUGCUGAAGCGACGACUCGGCUACUACCUGUUCCACACCUACAUCCCGACUUGCCUGAUCGUCAUUAUGUCGUGGGUUUCGUUCUGGAUCAAACCGGAAGCGGCACCGGCCCGGGUUACACUCGGCGUAACGUCCCUGCUGACGCUCAGCACCCAGCACGCCAAAUCGCAAGCAUCCUUACCGCCGGUAUCAUACCUAAAGGCGGUCGAUGCGUUCAUGUCCGUCUGCACCGUGUUUGUGUUUAUGGCCCUGAUGGAGUACUGUCUGGUAAACAUUGUGCUGGGUGAUUCGGAUCCACCCACCCCGAAACCGCACCCACCGAAGAUGGACAAAUUUUUCGAUUUUACCGCCAAAAACGGGAAGCGCAACAGUAAGUCGCACGAGCAUGCGCACGAGAUCCCGAUCACCACGUUUCAGCGGCAGGAAAGCACCCUGCUCCUUUCGCCGGUGCCGCACAUCCAGACGAUCCCGCCACCGCCGAGUAAACCGGCCUCGGCCAUACCGAAGCUAACACCGGCCCAGAUGCGCCUGAAGCGUGCGAUCAACAUUGAUCGAUUUUCGCGCAUAUUUUUCCCCUUUCUGUUCACGCUGCUGAACGUCACGUACUGGAUCAUGUUCUACGAGUAUAUUUAAGCAGACGCAAUACUUAGGGGUAGUAGAAGUAGUAGGCUGGUGUGUCCAUGGUAACGAGAGAUCCAAUUUUUUUCGAUUUAUUCGCGUCUUCUAGCGUGUGCGAACACACUAAAAAUGUUUAAUUAGACUAGACUUAGAGAAAAAAAAACACACACACACACACUGACCCUUAAGGAAGUUGAGAAGAAAAAGUUGUAAAUUAAACGAAACACCGUACGCCUCCAAGUAAACGAUUUCAAAUGCAGCGCGGAUAGGCGCACCGGAAGUUGAGCGCGGAACGAGAGCAAAUGGUUUGAAUUUAAACAUUCAGCUCAGUGUAAUUUUACCGAAGGGUAUUAUAGCAUAGUGGUGCCCCAGUGCAAUUGUUACACUUAAGCAACAGACAAUUUUCCAAUCAUAAACAAUUAAUUCUAUGUAUUCGACGGAUAGAGCGACCGAGACCGAAGGAAGGGAAUGUUAAUGCUAAAUGGUCUAGUAGCGCAAUAGUUUGUAAACCAUUACCGCUGCAUGUUUCUUACAUGAAGCGGGACUCGAACGCGAUGCCAUAAACGACGACGUGUACAAAGUAAGGAAGGGGAUAGAGCAGCAAAUUAGUGAUAGAAAGCAGACAGUUGAUUGCAAGUUAAGCUAUACACUUAAGCAUGUAAUACGCUACCAACCGUUCUAACAGUCAAUAAAAGUUAGAAGAGUUUUAAGCUCUUAAUAAGGUG